AUGAGGAAAUUUGGCAUCAUCCACAAAGUCGCCACGGCUUACCACCCUCAAACAAACGGCCAAGCCGAAGUCUCAAACCGGGAAAUCAAGCAUGUUUUAGAAAGGGUUGUAAAGCCAAAUUGGAAGGAUUGGAGCAAUAAACUCUCCGAUGCACUUUGGGCGUAUCGGACGGCUUACAAGACACCAAUCGGCAUGAGCCCCUUCCGGCUUGUAUAUGGUAAAGCAUGCCACUUACCAGUGGAGAUUGAACACAAAGCGUAUUGGGCCGUAAAGGAGUGUAAUAUGAACUUGGGUGGGGCCGGCAUCGAAAGAAAGCUUCAAUUGGCGGAAUUGGAAUGUUUGAGACUAGAAGCUUACGACAAUGCUAGGCUCUACAAGGAAAAGUUGAAAGCCAUCCAUGACAAAAACAUUAGGAGAAAAGAGUUCCGACCCGGUGACCUAGUGCUUCUCUACAAUUCAAGGUUGAGAUUACUACCCGGAAAGCUCAGAUCAAGGUGGGAUGGACCAUACCAAGUGGAGAAAGUAGAACCUUAUGGGGUCUACCACUUGCGCCACCCAACAAGCCCGGACAUCUUCAAGAUGGAUUUUAAUGUUGAUUCCUCGUUUUCUUUCUUGUUUUGUGUUAAAUUCAUUAAUGGGUUACCAAGCAAAAUGCUCUGCUAUAAUGCUUAA